AUGUGGGGCGUAACGGCGAGUGUUUCAACACUGGCUAUUGCAAAUGAAGAGAUCGAGACUACACCAGCACAACAGGCACAGGUUGAAAAAGCCAAAGAUGUCAAAAAAUUAAGUGAUGUGAUCGUCACUGCACAAUAUCGGGCGCAAAAUAUUCAAAAAGUUCCAACUGCAAUUACUGCUGUUUCGGGUAAGGACUUGGCUGCGAAAGGUUCUACUUUUAUUGGGGAUGUUUUAACCUAUACACCAAAUGCUGCAGCUGAAAACCCAGAUGGGGAUAGUCGUCCACGUUGGUAUAUUCGUGGUCUAGGUACGGGAGAUGUGGCUGCAUCGACAGUAUUUCCUGUUGGCGUUUAUGCAGAUGGGGUUUAUUUAAAUGCGCCAGUUGCAGGUGCAGGUGACUUGUUUGAUUUAGAGCGUAUAGAAGUUUUACGUGGUCCACAAGGUACGCUCUAUGGGAAAAACACCACCGCGGGUGCAGUCAAUUAUAUUUCUAAAAAGCCUAAUUUUUCAGAUAAACCCAAUGGAUAUGCAACCAUUGGUUUAGGGGAUCAUAACCUACGAACAUUUGAAGGCGCAGCAAACGGUAAAAUUUCAGAAAAUGUUGCGGUUCGUGGGGCUUUUUACUCUGAAGAUCGUGACGGAUAUGCAAAGAAUAUUGCCAAUGGUGAAGAUUAUGGCAACGUGGAUAAAAAAUCUUUUCGCUUCCAAGUGCUAGGGAAAAUCAAUGAUGAAUGGGAUGCCUUGGUCAAUCUACACAGCCAAACUUAUAAUGGUUUAGGCAGUAAUGGUUCCUUAAGCGUGGGUAAAUACUGGGGUAUUUAUGAAAGACCUAAAGGACGAGACACCAAUUUAGAUUUAGAUGAAAACAAUAAGAUUCAGCAUGAUGGCGCGUCAUUAACCUUAACUGGAGAUUUGGGGGGCGGAUAUAGCUUUACUUCGAUCACUGCUUUUGAUAAGACCACACAAAAGUCGAUUUCAGAUGCCAAGAGUUCCGCAUCGCUUCUGAUGCUGAAAAACGCUUAA